AUGGGUAACGCAUCGCGAGAUGCGCCAGUGGAGCCUGUAGACGUUUCUCGGAAACUAGCGGGAAAGAUAAGAAUCGCCCUGGAUUUUUUGCAUAUAAGUGGAGAGAGAAACAGUGAGAAUCGUCAGUUCUCGAAUGGGAACUGGCAUCCAGCUGGAGCUGGGAGCCGGAGCUCUGAGAGCCGGGGUCCUGGAAAUGGAACUGGAGCCAUUGGAUUUGGAAGUUAUGAUCCUGAAGCUGAAAUCGGAGCAGGUGGAGCUGCAGCUGUUGAGGCCGGACCUGGUGAUGGUGGAGGUGGAAUCGGAGCUGGUGGAGGUGGAAUCGGAGCUGGUGGAGGUGGAAUCGGAGCUGGUGGAGGUGGAAUCGAAGCUGGUGGAGGUGGAAUCGAAGCUGGUGGAGGUGGAAUCGAAGCUGGUGGAGGUGGAAUCGAAGCUGGUGAAGGUGGAAUCGGAGCUGGUGGAGGUGGAAUCGGAGCUGGUGGAGGUGGAAUCGAAGCUGGUGGAGGUGGAAUCGAAGCUGGUGGAGGUGGAAUCGAAGCUGGUGGAGGUGGAAUCGAAGCUGGUGGAGGUGGAAUCGAAGCUGGUGGAGGUGGAACCGGAGUUGGUGGAGGUAGAAUCGAAGCUGGUGAAGGUGGAAUCGGAGCUGGUGAAGGUGGAAUCGGAGCUGGUGGAGGUGGAAUCGGAGCUGGUGGAGGUGGAAUCGAAGCUGGUGAAGGUGGAAUCGGAGCUGGUGGAGGUGGAAUCGGAGCUGGUGGAGGUGGAAUCGAAGCUGGUGAAGGUGGAAUCGGAGCUGGUGAAGGUGGAAUCGGAGCUGGUGAAGGUGGAAUCGGAGCUGGUGGAGGUGGAAUCGAAGCUGGUGGAGGUGGAAUCGAAGCUGGUGGAGGUGGAAUCGAAGCUGGUGGAGGUGGAAUCGAAGCUGGUGGAGGUGGAAUCGAAGCUGGUGGAGGUGGAACCGGAGUUGGUGGAGGUAGAAUCGAAGCUGGUGAAGGUGGAAUCGGAGCUGGUGAAGGUGGAAUCGGAGCUGGUGGAGGUGGAAUCGGAGCUGGUGGAGGUGGAAUCGAAGCUGGUGAAGGUGGAAUCGGAGCUGGUGGAGGUGGAAUCGGAGCUGGUGGAGGUGGAAUCGAAGCUGGUGAAGGUGGAAUCGGAGCUGGUGGAGGUGGAAUCGGAGCUGGUGGAGGUGGAAUCGGAGCUGGUGGAGGUGAAAUCGAAGCUGGUGAAGGUGGAAUCGGAGCUGGUGGAGGUGGAAUCGAAGCUGGUGAAGGUGGAAUCGGAGCUGGUGGAGGUGGAAUCGAAGCUGGUGAAGGUGGAAUCAGAGCUGGUGGAGAUGGAAUCGGAGCUGGUGGAGGUGGGAUUGGAGCUGGUGGAGGUGGAAUCGGAGCUGGUGGAGGUGGGAUUGGAGCUGGUGGAGGUGGAAUCAGAGCUGGUGGAGAUGGAAUCGGAGCUGGUGGAGGUGGAAUCGAAGCUGGUGGAGAUGGAAUCGGAGCUGGUGGAGAUGGAAUCGAAGCUGGUGAAGGUGGAAUCAGAGCUGGUGGAGAUGGAAUCGAAGCUGGUGAAGGUGGAAUCAGAGCUGGUGAAGGUGGAAUCAGAGCUGGUGGAGAUGGAAUCGGAGCUGGUGGAGAUGGAAUCGGAGCUGGUGGAGGUGGAAUCGAAGCUGGUGAAGGUGGAAUCAGAGCUGGUGGAGAUGGAAUCGAAGCUGGUGGAGAUGGAAUCGGAGCUGGUGGAGGUGGGAUUGGAGCUGGUGGAGGUGGAAUCGGAGCUGGUGGAGGUGGAAUCGAAGCUGGUGAAGGUGGAAUCAGAGCUGGUGGAGAUGGAAUCGGAGCUGGUGGAGGUGGAAUCGGAGCUGGUGGAGGUGGAAUCGAAGCUGGUGAAGGUGGAAUCAGAGCUGGUGGAGAUGGAAUCGGAGCUGGUGGAGGUGGGAUCGGAGCUGGUGGAGAUGAAAUCGGAGCUGGUGGAGGUGGAAUUGGUUUUUAA